AUGUCCAUGUAUGUUUUGCAGCUAACGCAAAAAGAGACUGCCCGUCAAGAUGCCCGUGAUAUUCUACACGUCAUGCUCGGAGGCUCUGGCCGACUGCACCCGGCUGCACUGGGGCAGGAGGAGCAGGAGCCUGGGGAACAGUUCGAGAUCCGCUACAAGCUCCUCCAGCUGACCAACAUGGACGAAGGGAACCAGCUAGGAACAGUGAACUGUGACUCCUUCUGAAUAGAGGUCAACAACCUGCUGGCGCAGAGGUGCUACGAGUUCACGGUGAAGCAGGCCGAUGCUUACUGCCUGCUCAACUGCUAUUUGCUCGCUCGUAUUGUUUUAGUUCACAGAAACUUGUAA